AGUGUCACUCUUGAAACUCUCUUCAAUUCAUCAAUGGAGAAAUCGCAGAACCAAAAUGAACCUCUUCGAAUGAAAAUGCAGUCAUAAACCAUAAACAUUAGAAGAGAAUUUGAAGGAUGUUCAGAAUUUCCCGCAGUCGAAGGAUACUAUAUUAUUCUUAUUCUUCUUCUUCCUUAUUUCCAUUGUGGCGUCAGAAUCACAGCUCUAAUUUGAGCACAGAGCCACAUCUCUCUUUUUCUCCACCAGAAUCUCAUUAUUCACAAGAUUAUCACGGACUGUUAUGCAUUCUUGAAGGGUGUAAGAAGUCACCAAAUUUGAGAACUAUAGUUGGCACACAUGCUAAUAUUAUUAAGCUUGGUUAUGGAAUGUAUCCAUCUCUUAUUUCUUUGAUGGUAGUGACAUAUGUGUCUUGUGAUAAACUCAAUCUUGCUCGUCAGCUGCUCGAUGAAAUUCCUACCGCUUAUUUUGACGCCGUCUCUGCUAAUUUAAUGAUUGCUAGUUUUAUGAAGAUGGGGGCAGUUGAUGUUGCGAAGAAGAUAUUUAAUGAUGUUCCCCUCCGGGAUUUGGUUACUUGGAACUCACUGAUUGGAGGUUAUGUAAAAAAUGACAUGUUUAAGGAGGCACUCAGUGUCUUCAGAAAGAUGCUGAGGUCUGAUGUUGAACCAGAUGGAUAUAGUUUUGCGUCUGUCAUUACUGCAUGUGCUAGACUUGGAGCCAUUGAUCACGCUAAGUGGGUACAUCACUUAAUGACUGAGAAAAAGGUUGAGCUAAAUUACAUUCUUUCUUCUGCUUUGAUAGAUAUGUACUCGAAAUGUGGAAGAAUCGAGAUAGCUAGAGGAAUUUUUGAUAGUGUUGAUCACACGAAUGUUUCUGUCUGGAAUGCGUUGAUUAAUGGAUUAGCAAUCCAUGGUCUUGCUUUAGAUGCAAUUGGGAUACUCUCACAGAUGGGGCCAGAAAAUGUUUCACCUGAUAGCAUUACUUUUAUUGGGCUUCUAACAGCAUGUAGUCAUUGUGGGUUGGUUGAAGAGGGUCGGAAGUAUUUUGAUCUAAUGAAAAGUAUGUAUUUGAUACAACCGCAACUUGAGCAUUACGGAGCAAUGGUUGAUCUACUAGGCAGAGCUGGACUGCUUGAUGAAGCUUAUACAAUGAUCAAGGAAAUGCCAAUAGAACCUGAUAUAAUCAUAUGGAGGACAUUUCUCAGUGCUUGUAGAAUUCACAAAAAUUCUGAGAUGGGUGAACUUGCUAGCACAAAAAUAUCUCAUCUUGGCAGCGGGGAUUAUGUUUUACUGUCAAACAUUUAUUGUUCUACUAAUAAAUGGGAUAAUGCUGAGAAAGUUAGAUAUGUGAUGAAACGGAAAGGUGUUCGUAAAAGUAGCGGAAAAAGUUGGGUUGAAGUGGGUAAUGUUGUUCACCAGUUCAAGGCAGGUGAUCGAUCACACCCUGAAGCUGAACUAAUAUAUAAAACUUUGAAGGAAUUGAUUCAUCGAACCAAAUUGGAAGGAUUUAGUUCCACGACUGAGUUGGUUUUGAUGGACAUUUCUGACGAGGAAAAGGAGGAAAAUUUGAGUUUCCAUAGUGAAAAAUUGGCAUUAGCCUAUGGGAUCUUAAAAUCUAGUCCUGGAACUCGCAUUCAAGUUUCAAAAAAUCUUCGGACUUGUCUAGAUUGCCAUUCUUGGAUGAAAGUGGUAGCAAAGGUGUUGAAUAGGGAGAUCAUUGUGAGGGACAGAAUCCGCUUUCAUCACUUUGUAGAUGGUUAUUGUAGUUGUGGGGAUUACUGGUAGUGAUUCUUUGACGUAACAAUUGAGUUUGGUAAUUGAUGUGACGUAGACAACUUAUAGUGGAUGUCUCAAAGCGUGUGCCUCUUAUCUUGCCUGUUUUUAGCAUCCUAUCUGCUGUGUGAAACUCUUUGUACUAGCACCACUUAGAUGAUGACAUCCUGAAGUAUUCGUUAUGUGAAGGCUUAAAGCUCAUCUGGUUACAAUCAGUGCCAAAAUGGUUUAUUUCCAUAUGCUGCAGCUCCAAGCUUUGAUAUAAGACAUCCCCGUGUAUGGAAGAACUCGCUGAAUAUUACAUCCAGGUUUACUGCGUGUCAUCUCAUGUGCUGCUGUGAUUCUUUUUCUGAGCUAUGCACAUGGAAAUAUUUUCUAUGUUGGGUGGUGAUGGAACUUGAAGCCAAGACCUCUGUGUAGUCAAGAAGUUGCCCAAAUCUCUAUGUGCUAAUUUAACCUUGGACUUUUUCCCUUCACCUGUACAAGAGAAGGCUCUGAGGCUGAGCAUGGAAAUAGAGAUGUUGCAGGCUAAAGGAAACACACACAAUAUGCUAGGAGGUAGCUGUUUUUAAGGUUCUCUUGCUUCUGCAGCCACUGGGCUCAUGCUCAAUGCAGUUUCUCUUCGAAACUGAGAUCGAGAGCUCAGUGCCCUAUCUGCCUUUAAGUGAAUGGGCGCAUCCACCGAAGAUGGCAGCUAUCCACUU